GGCUGAGGUGGGUGUUAUCUGCCAUUUUCGGUCUGGUCCACGUGCUGGGAUGAAAUGAAUUGUGCAGUAAUUGAGCUAACGGGCUAAAUGUUUUGCGAACAGAAAAUGGAAACGGCACCCUGUUGCCAUACGAGAGGCUAGGUAAUGCUAUUUCCAGGUAGCCCAAUUUCCAAGGUAUUCAACUUGUAACAUAAACAUAAAUUUAGCGCCCUGGCCCAAGACACAUUCCUUGCACCAAUGGAGUAUGAGAUAAAUGCUAUUUCCCACCAUGUUGCUGCAAGUCACAAACAAGCCUGCAGUGACCUUGAGAAGGCCAGCCAAUUCAUCACAGAAGCAUUGCAGAAUGAGGUCCAGAGGAACACAACUCUGUGCAUGUUAAUCCAUCGUCUGGAAGAGAGGGCGGCUGAGAAUGGAAGGAGCCUAUCAGAGCAGGUGGAGUCAAACCGGCAGCUGAAGCUCCAGGUGGAUGAACUACAGAAACAACUGGAGAACAAGGACAACUCCUUAACACAAGCCAAACAGAGUAUUGCAAUGCUGACGAAUGAACUGACUGACCUGCAACAGCAGAUGCAGAGCCACCAGAGUAGUUGCAGGAUGAUUCAGGAAGGACUGCAGCAGGAAGGAGAGAGUCAGCCCAACGUGGUGCGUAUUGCUGUCCUGACGAAUGAUCUGGCAGACCUGGAAGAGCUGCUGCAGAGCCAUCAGAGCAAUUGCAGCAGGACGAUUCAGGAAGUGACGGAAGGACUGCAGGAAGGAGAGAGCCAGCCAAAUGUGGUGAAAGAGGAGGACGGUCCACUGCAGGAUGUAGACGCUGGCAUUAAAGAGGAAGAAGAUUACGCUGCUGUUGCUGAUGGAUAUCAGUGUUCUCAAUAUGAUGAAACUAACUCUGCCCCAGAACAGAUCACCUCCUCAUCUGCAGAUAUCAAAUCUGAACCGGUGCAGGAAGAAGAUGAAAAAUCAGACAUGAUUUCAGUCGUCAGCUCAGACAUGGCUCCAGUUGUCAGCUCAGACAAGGCUCCAGUCGUCAGCUCAGACAAGGCUCCAGUCGUCAGCUCAGACAUGGCUCCAGUCGUCAGCUCAGACAUGGCUCCAGUCGUCAACUCAGACAUGGCUCCAGUCGUCAGCUCAGACAUGACUCACGUCGUCAGUUCAGCUUCAGACAAGGCUCCAGUCGUCAGCUCAGAUAUGACUCCAGUCGUCAAUUCAGCCUCAGACAUGACUCCAGUCGUCAGCUCAGAUAUGGCUCCAGUCGUCAGCUCAGAGUCCUCAGACCCUGCUCCAGUUGUCAGCUCAACCUCAGACAUGGCUCCAGUCAUCAGCUCUGUGAUGAGCCAGUCCCUUCCAGAUCCACCGUCCCUGGUCAAGUGCAGGAGGUUAUCAGUGCAAGUGGUCGACUGCUGUGCAACACAAGGUCAGCAAAGAACACAAGUCCACAAGAGUAACAAAGAUGGAGAAAACCCCAAAACUGCUACUGGAUACCUGAAUUCCCCCCUGGGGAUUACUGUAAUAAUGUUACUCUACUCUACUCUACUACUACUAAAACGUUGGAUACCUAAGAUCAAGGUUUAUGAUUGUUUUGUGUUCUUGGUGCAGGAACAGGAGGAGGGUCCCAACCUGCUUUGUCAGCUGUUCCUAAAUCUACUGCCGCCCCAGAGACCACAUUGA